AUGAUAGCUGGUAUUAUUGAUUCACUGAAUGAUAUUAAUUAUAAUGGUGAACUAAACGACGACAUUAAGUUAGAACAAGCUCUUACAACAGAUUUAAAAUCAGAAGGAUUUCUUCCAUAUGCAAAAUUAAUAGCAUGGCUAACACAAGAAUUAAAUGGAUUCUAUUCAAUCGGAGAGUUCGUACAAGAUAUAAAUUCGAUCAAUGAUAUAUCCAGCUUUUUACUUGAACUCGGUGGUUUUCUACGAGAUUAUGGUUGUCCUUAUCAAAAUCUUGUCAAUAGCGACAAUCGAUUAAAUGAUCGUGUAUCACGUUUACAAUUAUUAGAUUUCCUGUGUACAGAAAUUCAAGCAGCUAAAAUGAACAAAUGUUUUAAACGAAAUGUAAUAGCCACUGGAAUAGAGAGUACAACGAACAAAAAGCAAUAUGAAAGUGACGAAGCUCGAGAUCUAAAAGCAUUACUUGUAGCUCUUGGUUUUCCUCGUCCACCUGAUGGAAUAACAGCUGGGCAAAUAUGCUCAAAAGUUUAUGGGAAAGUUAGUGAAGUAUUGAAAACUUUAUCGCCAAAUCAUCUGGGUCGACCUUUAUUAAAAAUGAAUAUGUCAGAAAUUCAAUGGAAGCAAAUGCAUAAAAUAAAUAAAGUUUUGUAUGAUGAUUAUAAAACUCGACGAGAAUUGUUACUCAAACGACUUGAUGUCACUAUUCAAUCAUUUAAAUGGGCUGAACGAUUAAAAGAUAAAACAGAUGAAAUUGCAAAUGUUUUCAUGACUAGACGUAAAGCAUUAACAGCUGAACCAAAUGUACGUAUUGAAGAUAUUAUGGCUGCUCGUGAAGAUUUAUGUCAUACGGAAAAAACAUGUGGUACAAAAGAAAUAGCAACAACUCGUUCAAAACUUCAUAAAAUUUUAAUGCCAAAAGUACCCGAUCGUGGUGGACGAACAACAGAAUUGCAAGCACCCCCUCCAGAAAUGCCAUCAUACCAACGAGGAGGUUCUGCAGGUGGUGCACGUCGUGGUGGAGGUGGUCAACAACAUCAAAAUAAUGAGCAAAGGGGUCAUCGAGGAGGUGCAGGAUGGUCGGCACGUGGUGGUGGUGGUGGUGAUAGACCUCAUUCUGGUGGUUAUCAACAACAAAACUAUGGAGCAGUUGAUCCUCAUAUGCAGCCGUAUCCGCAGAUGGCUUAUCAAGGUCAACAACAAAUUGUAAAUGAAUAUGCUGGUAUGGAUCAUAGUGGGAAUUAUGGUGGACGUGGCCGUGGAGGACGAGGUGGUCGUGGUGGUCGUCGGCCAUAUUAA